AUUUGGACUUCUGACACAUUACGCGGUAUAGUUGGAUGCAUGCGUUACAACGUGAUUCUCUUUCUCCUGUUUGCAAGUUCCAAUGCUUUUCCGUUUGUCGCGCUUGUACCGUUCUCAGUAGCAAUAACCGGAGUGAUAUACAAGUAUCGUUUAAACUGUCUCUUAUAUGAAUGCUGUUCUUCAGCCGUCCACUUCAACAAGACAAGCUUGGAACGAUCACUUUCGGAUGAAUUACAUGGUCAGCAUAUCGCAGCUGAGCGUGUGUAUCAUCAUUUAGUCGAUCAUAUUUCCGGUGGUUCGCCACAAAAGCCCCUGGCAUUGUCAUUCCAUGGCUACACUGGUGUUGGGAAGAAUUUUGUCUCAAAUAUUAUCGCGAAUAACGUCUUAAAAUUGGGAACACGGAGUCGGUUUUACCAUUUCUAUGAUGCGACAAUACACUUCAAACAUGCCUCUCGUAUUUCGGAGUACAAAGAACGCCUUUAUCGAGAUCUACAUACAGCUGUUUCCGAGUGCGCUACAUCAAUAUUCGUUUUUGAUGAAAUGCACAACAUGCCCCAUGGAAUAUUGGAUAUAUUGUCACCUUUACUAGAGGUCCGUGAAACGGUUGAAGGUGUAGAUUUUAGAAAGUCAAUAUUCAUCUUUUUGAGUAAUGCUGGUGGUAAUUAUAUCAAUAGGCGUACGUAUGAGCAUUUAGUUGGCGGGAAGAAGCGAGAAGAUCUGCGUUAUACAGAUGUCGAUCGUUUUUUAGCCAAAUCAGCAUUUAAUAAUGAAGGUGGCCUUCAGUACUCUGAGCUAAUUACUAAACAUCUGAUUACAGCUGUUAUUCCCUUCUUACCAUUACAGCCGACUCAUGUUAGAAAAUGUGUUCAAGAUGCUGCUAAGCGACGUAAUGUCACAUUUUCUGAAGAUAUGGUUCAAUUUGUACUGGAUGAACUUGAAUGGUCACCGGAAGGGAGCAAGUUCUUCUCUGUUUCAGGUUGUAAAAGAGUCUAUGAAAAAGUUGGAUUUUAUCUACAACAAUUGUAACAUUCGUCAUUUCUUUAGAAUUAUCAUUUUCUUGUCUAUCAACUUUAAAAAUCACUAUUUUGUACAUAAGAUUAUACUGCGUACCAUCUACUAAGUAUUUUUCCAUUGUCCACAUUUUUUGAAAUGAUCGUCUACUAAUAUAUGCAAUUUAUUAGUUUGUCGAAAUUAUCUUAAUGUUUUUUUGCCAGUCCUAGUAAUUCUAAAUUCAAAUUGAAUUUAUGCAUUUCUCUUCAUCAGGUUUCUCUUUUUUUCUUCAUGUAAUAUUUUAAAUAUAAACAAAGGAUUUGGUUUGUUGUCUUUAUUAUUCAUGUUAAUAAUUUUAAGGGUGAUCAGCAUUUUAUUUCAGUAUUCUUUUAGUGUUUAUGAUAAUGGUGAAUUUGAGUAUUGAUAAUCAUGUGAGUGAUUACAUGGGAUAUUAUAAAAACUAACAU